UUAGUUAAAAUUUAAAGAACGAUAACUCACCAUUCAAAGUUCAGUCUGCAUCUGGGAUCAGAGAUGGAAAAUGCUAUCCAAACAGUUGUUGCCGGGGAAGCUUCAGAAUCGGAAGAUGACGAACCAUCUGUUCAGACACAAAAGAAACAAUCUGAAGAGACUAUUCAGUCAGCAGCUGUAACUAAAGCUGUAGUGGUGUCUGGUGAAGCUUCAGAGUCAGAUGAAGAAAUAGAAACAAGUCAAACUAAACACUUACCUCCCCUGAAUGAUAAAGACAGUAGAGCUGAUGAAGAUCUUAUUAUUGUUGAUGCCUCCUCCAUACCAGGUAUAGAGAAGGCACAUUUGUAUGGUCAUGGCACGUCCAAAUAUGACAGUUUACUGCACAGAAAAUUAAGAGAAAGAAACAUUGCAUUCAGAAGACAUUUAGUAGACUCAGUACACCAAGUUUAUUUGUCAUCAUCUAAAGACCUACACAACAUAAGACUACAGUUACAUAAAACACAAGGUGCUCUCAAUGAUGUAUCACACAACAUGUCUUUGCUGACAAAUGAUUUGUUUAAACUUGACAACACCUUAGAUACAGUAUCUACAUGUACUAUUCUACCAGAUAUUAAGUUUCCACAACAUGCACAAUGAUCAACAAUUAUUAAUAUCGAAGAAGAGGUUUUUUUUAGCAAUUUUCACAUGUUAAAUGUUGAAGCUUGCUUCAUUUAUUAUUUAGGUUGAACAAUAAACUGUUGCUUUCUAAUAUGUUUAUGUGCAAUACAUUCCAGCAGUUUGUGAUCUUGUAAAAUGCUUCAUUUUUUGUGUUUUUGAUGGUGCAAUAACAAUGCAUGGUGUUUUUGAUAAAGAUUUUAGAAUGCUUUAUUUAAAAGUC